GAACACCGCGUUGCAUUUAGCAACGAUGGAGAACAGACCGAAUGUAAUUGUGCAACUAUUAUCCAUGAACAGUAAGCUGUUGUAUAACCAAACCGAAAUGAGCGCAAUUGAUUAUGCGAUUUAUUAUAAGUAUAUGGAAGCUGCUUUGGCAAUGGUUACUCAUGAGGAUAGGGCUGAAGAAAUAAUGGCGAUGAAAUCACCAAAAAAUCCUUGCGUCUCGCUAGCCCUAAUAGCCUCAAUGCCCCGAGUGUUCGAGGCAGUCCAAGACAAAUGCAUCAUUAAAGCUAACUGUAAAAAAGAUUCGAAAUUGUUUUCGAUCAAAUACAACUUUAACUGCCUUCAAUGUGUUACAGUGACGGAGGAGAUUGAUGAAAAAACUGGCGAUAAGGUCAUUUUAAAUGAGCCUAGUCCACUUCCAGCUUUAAACGCGAUGGUAGCCCAUGGCCGUGUCGAACUCCUAGCCCACCCGCUCAGUCAAAAAUACUUGCAAAUGAAAUGGAAUUCCUACGGAAAAUACUUCCAUCUGACCAACCUGGUGUUUUAUUGCUUAUUUCUGGGUUUCAUUACCUGUUUUUCGUCGCAACUUAUGGAACACGAAGCCGCUUCUAAUUUUAAUUAUGGGAACUUUAGCAAUUUGACGACAAAGCAGAAAUUCGCCGAACGGAAGUCCGAAAUCCUUAACGUCGGAAUUAACUAUUCGAUGUACAUUUGCGCGAUGGCGAUUUUGGUGUUCGUCGCCAUCAACGGUGCCAGAGAGUUGACGCAAAUGGUCCAGCAAAAAUACUUGUAUUUUUUCCAUCCCAUCAACUUGGUUACUUGGUGUCUUUACGGGGCAACAAUCGUCAUGGUAUUGCCGAUAUUCGGAGGAGGGAUUUACGAAAUUCAAUUUUCUUUCGCCUCGAUGGUGGUGUUUUUGAGUUGGUUCAACUUGCUGUUGCUGCUGCAACGAUUCGAUCAAGUGGGAAUUUACGUCGUGAUGUUUCUGGAAAUAUUGCAGACUUUGAUCAAAGUGUUGAUGGUGUUUUCGAUAUUAAUUAUUGCUUUCGGAUUAGCGUUUUACAUUUUGUUGUCUAGGGGUGACCAUUUGUCGUUUAAAACAAUCCCGAUGGCUCUGAUACGCACCUUCUCAAUGAUGCUAGGCGAAAUCGAUUUUUUGGGUACCUACGUGAAGCCCUACUAUUUGAGCAACAAAGAAGAAAACACCUUUUUACCAUUCCCCAUACCGGCUUUCAUAAUUUUGAGCUUGUUCAUGGUACUGAUGCCCAUCCUACUGAUGAAUCUGCUUAUCGGUUUGGCUGUGGGAGAUAUCGAGAGCGUCAGAAGGAAUGCUCAAUUGAAAAGACUUGCGAUGCAGGUUGUCUUACAUACAGAAUUGGAAAGAAAACUUCCACGCAGGUGGUUGGACAAAGUAGACAAGUGCGAAAUAAUUGAGUACCCCAACGAAUUCAGCAAAAACAAGAAAGGUUUUUUGGAUUUUAUAUUAAAAAAAUGGUUCGGAAGUCCAUUUUCCGAAGAGAGUGACAUUGUAAUGGAAUGCUCCGACGACUACGUAAUGACAGAAUUGGAAAAAACCAAAACCAAAUUGAGACACAUUUCCCAGGCGCUGGAAACUCAAAAUCAAUUUUUGAGAUUAAUCGUGCAGAAAAUGGAAAUAAAAACCGAAAACGAAGACGUAGACGAAGGUGUAACUUUAAAGGAAGCGUCCAAUGGACACUCGAAUAAAUGGACGUCACCGAGGAUACGUAAAAAAAUCAAAUCAGUUUUGAGUUUUUCAAAUAGAUCUAGUUAA